AUGCGUUCGAUCCUAGCCGUUGCAGUAGUGUGUCUGUUGGCCGGCGCGGCCAACAGCUACUACAUGACGAAGGAGGUCAAAUAUGCGGACAAGACGUUCCUGACGAAGCAGAAGGCCAUUCUGGAGAUUUUCCAGCAUGUGCACCAACCGGAACUGCACACACACUUGUGGGAGGAGCAGAAGUCCUUUGACCUGGCCGGAUACGCGGAGCACUUCACCAAGCCGAAGGUGGUCGAGGAGUUCCUCCAUUACUACAAGCAUGGCUUGCUGCCGAUGGAAGAGAUCUUUGCCAUCUACAACGAGCACCACCGGGAGCAGGCGAUCGCUCUGUUCCACCUGUUCUACUACGCCAAGGACUGGGACACGUUCUACAAGUCAAUGAUCUGGGCUCGGUUCCACGUGAAUGAGGGUAUGUUUGUGUACGCCGUCAGUGUGGCCGUGCUGCACCGAUCCGACAUGCAGGGUAUUGUUCUGCCGGCACCGUACGAGAUCUACCCGUACUACUUCUUCAACGACGUCGUCAUCAGUAAGGCCCAGCGAUACAAGAUGCAAGGAUUCCACGGCAUGAAGAAGACGGACGGUCUGUACAGUGCGUACAUUCCGAGCAACUAUACCGGUUACUACGUGCACAGCAAUGCCGAACAGCGCGUCAGCUACUUCAUGGAGGACAUUGGUCUAAACUCGUACUACUACUACUUCCACGCUGACUACCCGUCGUGGAUGGGGGGCAAGGAGUACGGGCUGUACAAGGAUCGGCGCGGUGAGUUCUAUCUCUACCAGCAUCAGCAGUUCUUGGCCCGGUACUACCUUGAACGCCUGUCCAACAAUCUCGGAACGAUUCCAACGUUUUCGUGGUACGAACCCAUCGUUACUGGCUACUAUCCGUACCUGCGCUACUACAACGGUGUGCCGUUCCCGGCACGCGAAAACUACCAUUCGUAUGGCCACAUGGAGAAACACGACCUGAUCCAGGAAAUCACCGACUACGAGCGCCGGAUCAUGGAAGCAAUCGACUACGGGUUCAUCAUCCUGCCCGAUGGUACCGUGGUCAACAUUACCACCACAACCGGUAUUGAGUACCUCGGCAACCUGAUUCAUUCGAACACGGAUAGCGUCAACCAGAGGUUCUAUGGGUACCUGGAAAAGGUGGCCAAGUUCUUCCUCGGUGGUUCCGUAGAGCCGUUCAACGAGUUCCGUGCGAUCCCGAGUGUAUUGGAGAAGUACGAGACAGCCAUGCGGGAUCCGGUUUUCUAUCAGUUCUUUAAGCGAAUUGUUGGUUUCUACUACCGCUACCUGGACACUCUGCCGAGCUACAAGUACGAGGAAAUUAACUUCCCCGGCGUGAAGGUAGAAGCGGUCGAGAUGGACAAGCUGGUCACGUACUUUGACACAUUCGAUGCCGACAUCACGAACGCGGUCGAUGUCGAAGUGUUCGACGAGAGCACAAUGAAGCCGGGCGAGAUGAAGAAGUUCGGCAAGAUGGCUCACUACCAGGGCGAAGACUUUGUCCUGUACGCCCGUGUGCCGCGUCUGAACCACUUGCCGUUCUCGUUCAAGCUUGCCGUUUCCUCGGACAAGCCCCAGAAGGCGGUGGUGCUUGUGUUUGUCGGUCCGAAGUACGAUCAGUACGGCAACGCGUACAGCGUGAACGCGAACCGAGAGAACUUCUUCCAGCUCGAGCACUUCCUGGUCGAUUUGGUGGCAGGCGAAAAUGUGAUUACCCGCAACUCGCAGGACUUUAGCUGGUUCGUCAAGGACCGUACCACCUAUUUCGAGCUCUACAAGCAGGUCAUGCGAGCCGUCACCGGAGACUACAAGUUGCCGAUUGACAUGUCGGAGGCUCACUGCGGAUUCCCGUCCCGCUUGAUGCUGCCGAAGGGCAAGAAGGGUGGCAUGCCAUUCCAGUUCUUCUUCAUGGUCGCCCCGUACCACGCGCCGGAAACGCCGCGAUACACCGGAUACGAUUAUACCCUUUCGUGUGGCGUCGGAUCGGGUGCCCGCUAUCUGGACACGCUUCCAUUCGGCUAUCCGCUGAACCGCAAGAUCAACGAGGCUACCUGGUUUACCCCGAACAUGGUUUACCACGAUACACUGAUCUACCACAAAAGUGAAACAGAAGUAAACUCAGUUGUGUUCUAA